ACUUCACGACGAUCUCCAGGAGGCUCAUGAUGUUGGUUCGGUAAGCAUCCGUUCCCUCUUGGUUGUGGGGGCCGAGAUGCCGUCGGUAGCAAGCGCGCAUAUAGUUUCGAUGCAACCCUAUCGACAUUAUCACCAACGCGUAAUACUCCUGUGUUACAUCGCGUUGCAUGGAUGAGUCUUGUAUUGUGGUUUACUUGUGGAUAGGUAGACCGUCAAGAUUGCAUGUGCUGCCUCAGGCCCCAACCAUGCCCCGCCGCAGAUAGGUUAUGUGAGCCAGGUCCUGUACUUGGCCUUACCUCACUCACCUUACUCACCUCGGCCGGCUCACCUUGGCUCACCUUGGGACAAGGCCCAAGUGCCCCUCCAUGAAAUUUACCCCGCCAUAGGUUAAGCAAGAUCAAUCUAGCACGAGCAGAGAAACGCGUAUCGCUUCCAUACAUCCAUAACCUUUUUUUUUUUGCUUCAAGCUCUUUGUAUACACUUACUAUUAUAGCAUACAGCUUGAGAUCUCUAUGGCUGACGUUGAGCAACCUGAGGGCGAGCCCCAGGGUCGUAUUGUCAAGUAUUGUGGCGUUUGCACUCUGCCCCCCGAGUACUGCGAGUAUGGCGGAACCGUUAAGAAGUGCCAGGAAUGGCUAGAAAAGAACGAACCAGAGCUUUACAACAGGAUCUGGUCCGCAGAGGCCCUCGAGGCUGCUACCGCAUCACUAUCCGUCGAGGCCCAGAAACGAGCCGCAAAGGACGCACAGAAGAAGACCGCUAAGGCUGAAGCCGCUGAGGCAAAACACGCCGAUCUGUUAGCCAAGAGUGUUGUCACUAUCAAGCGCAUUGAGCGAAACAAGAAGAAGUUUGUCACGGCCGUGAUAGGACUCGAAUCGUUUGACUUGGAACUCAAGAAGGUCGCCAAAGAUCUUGGCAAGAAGUUUGCUACAGGCUCUUCAGUGACUAAGCUCCCCGGUGGCGGAGAAGAAAUUGUUGUGCAGGGUGAUGUUAGCGUUGAGUUGGAAGAGUUCCUGCUUGAGAAGUACAAGCAGAUCCCCGAGGAUCAUAUUGAACUUGUCGAAGACAAGAAGAAGAAGAAGGGCGGCUCAUAAGUUUGGGAGAUACCAAAAGGCAUUCAUGAUUGAAAAUUCCAGAGUGUAUUUUUGAAAACACUCGCGCUCCUGUGUUUCUCAUGGGCAUAUACAGUUUCAAAAGAAUAUCAUAAAGUAACAUGGAGCAUUCCAGUGCACCUCCAUGCGCCUCGAUCCUGAACUCCUAUCCCAUGAUCCUAUAAUAUGUAUCGAGACAAACAAUAUACCAAUUACGACCCAGUGUCAUCUUUCAUCAAUAUUCGUUCUAUGCUCGUUUUCGCAAAGUUCGUCCUGUACCUGUGCUUGCAGUUGAAGGGUUGCUCUUCGCUGUGGUUUUGCGAACUGCACCUGUCGUCCCCUUACGCGAUGCUGUCCCCCUUUUGACCGGAGCACUCUUGGCUGCGGGCCCCUUCCUUAUCACGGUUCCAUUGCUCGACUCACUGGACUCGCUGUUGGCAAUAGAUCUACGCGUUGUUCGUGUACCUGGUCGAGAAGUAGGCGCUCUUGAAGUAGUACUUGUUGCUGGUACUGCUUUCUUAUUUCUGGUGGCAGCAGUGCUGUUGGUCGACAUUGAGCUUGCGGUAGAGUUUGUCGUCAUCUUGCGUCCAGCGCCAGCGCCAGCUCGCGUCGCCUUUGCCUUCUCCACCAUGCUCGACAGCAUACCAGAAGCUGUAGCCGGGCGCUUCAGUGGUGAAGCUGGUCGUGCAAUACCAGACUUAGUAGGCGAUGGAGGCCGAUUUGCCAUUCGCGAGUUGGAGGAUGUUGGCGACAAAAUUUGUCCUGAUCGGGCAUGUGACACGUCCGUGGUUGUUGCAGCUCGAGCCCUCUUCUUAGCAGUCUCGGUAUGCUCGACCU